AAUUCGAUGACCUCGAAUUAAACGUCUCUUAACCUUACGACAGCAACAUUGAAGGUGGCUGAAGUCCCAUUGAGCUUCGCCCACCAUGUCAACCAUCACAAGAACCCUCACCAACAUAUGGCGAGUAGGAAUAAAGGACUACUUCCACCAACUCCAAAACAUCGGCGACACGAAAGCUGGUACCUUAGUCGGCGUUGACCGUUUUGGCAAUAAAUAUUUCGAGAAUAACGAAGAACUGCCUCUACGGACCAGAUGGGUGGACUACAAGAGCUCCGACUUCGACGCGUCCCAGAUUGAGCCUGGCUGGCACGCCUGGAUCUCCUAUACCUUCGACAAACCACCUUCACAAGACCCGCUGCUAGCAUACAAGAGGCGAGUAUGGGAGGAUACCGACGCGAAGACUAUUCCCAACUAUACUGCGACGCGGGGAGCCUACAAGCCGUAUAGCACAGUAAAGUCGAAGAUUACGAUGUGGGAGCCUACCGCCGUCGAGAGGAAAUAAACACCCAAGAAGCAAGCCGUGUACAUAGUCAUGAUGGCUAAGGAAAGCCAAGACCAAAGCAAUGACAACCAAAGCAAUGAUAACCAUAUUCCCACCAGUACCAUCGCCUACAUUCAUACCGUGGUUUCAUCCAUUAAGGGCAUAUGGUAAACGGUCUAUUAGCCGUUUUCUUUAGUCAUCCCGAGGAAUUCAAUAGUAGAUUGAACCCAAUGGUAGAUCUAGGAGUUCCGUAGAAACGGGUUUCGACAACACCAACACUAGCAAGAAGGAGAUUAUUCUGGCACAAGUUAAGAGGCGGUAUACGACGGCAAAAACAUAUGAAUGUCAAAGAGCUCGCCGUAUUCAGAAGUAUGCUUUAGAGUCAAAAUGAUAUCAAAUUCGAAACCGAAUAUUCCAACUAUCCCGACCCUUUGAAGCAUUUCGUGUCCAUGGACAAUAUAAAUAUAGAACCUUGAACUUUUUACCCCAA